GCUGCGACGACAAGAAAAUGCGCAAGAGUACCAUCGUCAUCAAGCUCGGCACAUCUUCUAUUUGCGAUGAACACUCGCAUGAACCUCUGCUAGCAAAUCUCUCGCUCCUCGUUGAAACUGCCACUCGGCUGCGACGAAAUGGCCAUCGUGUUGUUAUUGUCUCUUCUGGCGGUAUUGCCAUGGGUCUACGCCGCUUGGAUCUUCCAAAACGACCCAAAGUAUUAGCAGCCGUUCAGGCGAUUGCAGCUGUAGGACAAUGUCGCUUGAUCGCGCUCUGGGAUGACUUGUUUCGGCAGCUAAGACAGCCUGUUGCACAGAUUCUCCUCACACGGAAUGACAUUGCAGAUAGAUCACAAUACCUAAAUGCAAGAAAUACAUUGUCAGAGCUGCUCGACAUGGAUGUCAUUCCCAUUGUUAAUGAGAACGAUACUCUUGCUGUGUCUGAGAUCAAGUUUGGCGAUAAUGACACCCUCAGUGCCAUCACAGCAGCACUCGUGUCUGCAGACUACCUGUUCCUCAUGACAGAUGUGGAUUGUCUCUAUACAGGCAAUCCACGCACGCAUGCAGAUGCAAAGCCCAUUCAGGUGGUGAGUGAUUUCAGUACUCUCGAAGCCGAUGUCAGUGAAGCAGGCUCAGCAGUCGGUACAGGCGGCAUGUUCACAAAGAUUAUUGCUGCAAAACUAGCAGCGAGUGCAGGCGUCACCACCAUCAUUACUCGCGGUUCUAUUCCUGCUCGAAUCAUCGAGAUUGUUGCAGGCCUGGAAAGAAGCGGUGGCAGUAACGAAGAGAACAGCUUACCGCCGCAUACUCGGUUUUUACCCUCAGAACAAACGACCAAAGACAGACAUAUCUGGCUGCUGCAUGGACUACACGUCGAAGGCCGUAUUGUCAUUGAUGCCGGUGCGCACCGUGCCAUAUGUCGCGUGAACAAGGCUGGCUUGCUGCCUGCGGGUGUUUUGCGGGUGGAAGGUCAUUUUGCUGCUCAGCAGGCCGUUUCACUGUGUACGGAGCAGGCGGACGGGUCGCUGCAUGAGGUGGCUCGGGCUCUGAGCAACUAUGCUGCGAGUGAAGUUGAGCGGAUCAAGGGCCACCAGAGCAGCGAGGUGGUCGGGCUGCUUGGAUAUGCGGACACGGAAUAUGUCUGCCACAGAGACAACAUAGCCUUCCUCUAGACAACCUACUUAUUGCAAGAGGCAAUGAGCGUGUAC